CGCUGAUCAUUUUCGUAUAAGGAAGUUUUGGAUUCUAUCGAGAAAUGACGACGCUAUUGUCAAAAUAAAAAACAUAGUAAAAUAGCUUAAAAUCCCAUUUUUCCUUGUAAAAUAUGACAUAGUAGGUUUUGUAGAGAAAAUUGAGCUCUAUAAAACCUACUAUGUCAUAUGUCUUCGGAAUAUGGCCGAUUCGAGAUUAGACCUUUUCCCAUAUUUUAUAAGGUAGAAAAUGGAUUUUUACUAGAUUUUUUAUUUUGACGAUAGCGUCGUCAUUUCUCGAUAGAAUCCAAAACUUCCUUAUACGAAAAUGAUCAGCGGGAAAAGCUCUACAAAAUUUGAGGAGAAAGAAAAUUUUCUAAAUAAUUUGUGUAUUUUAUGUUUGACAUCCCAUGGAACUACCCAAUACCAGACUCAGGUCAUUUCUAGCGUGCAUUAAAAUUAAUGAUUUUUCGACCACCCCCGUUUAUUUUAAAUAUUCAUUAUUUUUUCUCUUUAUAUCAAUUAGAACAUCUGACAAUGAUAAUAUAAUCGAAGACGGAGAUAUAUCAACUCCUUUACCACGUUAUUUAACAUUAACUGAUGGUGCAUAUAAACCAAAUUAUUAUCUUUCAAUACCGAUUAGUGAUCCAACUGUUAUUAAAAAUUAUAUAUCAUAUCGUGAUCAUUUACUUUUAUCUUAUCCAACAUGUUUUUCUUUACGUACAAAUUCAUCCGACGAUCCACCUCGUCUUCAUCUAACAUUAUUAACAUUAUAUAUUGAAUCAAAGUCUGAUAUUGAUCAAUGUAUUUUAGCAUUAAAACAAAUUCGAGAAGAAAUUCAUUAUCAUUGUUCAUAUCCUGAACAUAUAUGUUUAGAAUUUGAUGGUAUUGAAACAUUUUAUGAUAAAGUGUUAUAUGUUAAAUGUAAACAAAAUCAACGUUUAGAAAAUUUACGUACAUUAAUACUUGAACGUUUGUCUGAACAACAACAAAAACAGAAAUUAUCAAAUAUUUUUUUUGCUGGAAAUUAUUAUGAAUUUAUUCCACAUAUAACAUUAUUAAAAUGUAAACGAAAAUUUUCUUCAAUAUGUCAAAAUGAAUCCAAAGAAAUUUCAUUUGGUAAACAAACAAUUAAUUCAUUACAAUUAUGUUCAAUUGGUCAAAAUGAACAGGAGGAUACUAAUUGUGUAUUUAAACUUGAUUUGAGUUAA